UAAACUCUCAAAACUGACAAUAUAAAAGGAAAGUCAAACACAUCUCUGGUAGUACUUACCGAUACUUUGAUUUAUAAUAAUAGUCAAAUCACAUACCAUAAAACUACAAAGAAAAAAGUUGGAAGAAGAUUUUACCCAACAUAACGAUUUCUUUAGGAUGGUGUUUGAAUUCACGGACGCAAGUACCAUAAUAUCAUAUGGUAGACUAUCAGUUACUAUAGGUUGUAUUAUCAUAGUGCUAUGUAUCGUAUAUGCUGUCAAAACAAUACGACAUAUUGUUUCGUUACCCCCAGGGCCAUGGGGAUAUCCUGUUGUGGGGGUCCUUCCUUUACUAGGAGAUAACCCAAACAGAUAUUUUCAACAGAUGAGCAAGAAGUUUGGACAUGUAUGCAGUAUGAUGAUUGGGUCGAGACUAGUGGUGAUAGUGUCAGGGACGACGGCUUUGAAGGAGUUUCUCCUCAAGAAUGGGGACAACUUUGCAGCACGGCCAGAUACUGUAGUACAAGCUGUGGCAGAAUCACACGGUAUCAUUUGGACGGAGGGAGAUAUGUGGAAAGAGCAGCGGAGAUUCUCACUCACAGCUUUGCGUAACUUUGGAAUGGGAAAACUUCGUGCUGAAGAAGUGACACAUCAUGAGCUGCAAAUAUUGACGUCAGGGCUUGAACAACUGGACGGUCAGUCAGUGGACUUGAAGAAGUAUAUCUUGGCUAGCGUUGGAAAUGUCGUUGGUACAAUACUUUUUGGGAGACGGUUUGAAAAUACUGAACCCAUUUAUGCCAUGUUGAACGACACAGCAGAUGUCCAAGUGGAAAUGUUUUUCAAUGAGACAAUGUUCACUUACUUCCCCGCACUCAGAGACAGCCUGUUCACACGGAGUUUUCUGCGGAGUCAUAAAAAGCGUCUGGACGACAUGUUUGAGCGCGAGAAUGCCAUGCGGACUAUUAUGAAAAGUUUCAUCAAUGAGAGCCUAACUCAGUUGGAUGUGGACAAUCCGAAGGGGUUUCUAGAUGCGUACCUGAUAAAAAGACGAGCCCUUGAAGAUGAAGGGAACCAGACUCCUUUCUCUAAUGAUGACCAGCUUGCGCAACUCAUGGUUGAGCUAUUUGACGCAGGCCAUGAUACCACAGCCAUGACGAUAAUGACAGGGAUCCUCUACUUGGCGAGAAACACAGACGUUCAAAGAAACAUGCAAAUCGAGAUUGAUGACAUUGUCGGUGGCUCGCGAAUGCCAUCUUCCGCAGACCGCACUCGAUUGGUUUACACGGAUGCGGCUAUAAUGGAAAUACAAAGGUUGAGCUGUCUCUUCCUCCCAAAUACUCUCCCAUACCGGAGUAUUAGAUCUGUGAAUAUAUGCGGUUUCGAGAUACCCAAAGACGCCUGGGUAUAUCCAAAUUGGUUCGCUACGAUGAGAGGCUCGGAACAUUGGGAGAAUUCACUGAGUUUUGAACCAAAGCGUUUUAUAGAUCAAGAUGGAAAAAUUCGCCAAUUGGAUGCAUUCCUACCUUUUGGACUGGGUCGGCGAGAGUGCCUUGGAAAGACUCUGGCCAAGGUUGAACUUUUCCUUUUCUUCACAAGUCUUCUGCAACAAUUCACAUUCACAGCGCCACCUGGGGAGGAUUUACCGUCGCCAGAAUCCUCCAUUUGCUCGAAUUUGAUGCGUCCACCUCUGUUUAACGUACUCAUCACAAAACGUCACUGAUGUGUCCCACAUACUACAUAGUAACGCAAGCAAAAUCAGUGCUCUCACUCAUUGAAGUUUCACUCUAAAGACAAAUUGCCCCAUCUACGGUGGAGAUCACACGAAAACAAAUGUGAAGUUCAUUUGAAUAACAAUAAACUAAUAGAGAAAGACAGUACUAAAUAUGCCAUCUAUUGAUUUUGAUUUCCUUAUUGUUUCAGUGCAAAAAUAGGAUUGAUCUAAACUUAUUAUCUUUUAUCUAGCUUCUUCAUUCUAGAUGUCAUAUUUACUUAUUGAUAUUUUUUUCAUAACUUUCAAUUUGCUAACAAAUGAUAAUAAAUCUAGCUAAUAUACCAACGUUUCUUUUGUUCACCAAAAGGAGCAAUACAGGAAAUUACUAAAAUCACACGCGUUCUUUAUCACACUUUCAUAAAGAAUUCCGCAAACCAGAAUGUGUAAAACGCCACAUUUCUUGCACUACACAGCGUCGCUAAUGCUCAGUGGAAUUAUGUUACACUGGGAGAACAAACAUUUUCAAUGAAUUAUUCAGGGGAGGGGUUAUCGCAGUACGUGGUGCCAUUCAUAUAUAGGGCUAUGAUGGCGAAAGAAUAAGUAAAACUAGCUAAAUUCAAUGAAAAGUCUACGCUGCGCACAGAGUCUAGAUGUAAACUAACGAAGACGAAGAUCUCUUUAAGAAACAAAGUUGAACGAAUGCAAAGGGUAUGAACAGUCCAAGUAAUGUUAUACUUAUCCCUACCGACUUAUGUUAUACCUCAAAAAUAUAGACAACUCCUGGAUUAUCAGCGACAAAUGGUUCAUUUACAUGUAAACACCCAUGAAAAGACUUUUAGAAUAUAAAUCGCA